AUGGACUUGAACAUCAACCCUGAUACGCGACUUAACAGUCUCCUUGGUACAGGUCAAUCUUCUAAGAGUGGAAAGAGACUCUUGACCGGCAACGAGUCCCAAAAGGCAGUUGACAAGGCACUUAAAGAAGCUCGGGAAGUAGCGGACAGAGUCGACUGGAAUAAAUUCAUGAAGACAACUCUCCGUGAGCCAGACGACGAUGACGAGGAAGACGAUCCUUCUUUUACCUAUGAAGACGGCCUUGAAGCUCUCCUCAGUGAUAUACUUCAUAAUCAGGGCACUGCCUACGACUCUGUUUAUGAUCGCGUUACUCGGGAGCUAGAAGAGGCCGCAGACAAGGGAAAGUAUGAGAUGGAAGAAGACGGCGUACAGGAGAAGCCUUUCAAGGUUGUGGAUGAAACCAUGGAAAACAAGCAUGAUGUGGUAGAUGUCUGUGUUAAAAUGUGGAACUCAAUCUCGGAGCAACAGAUCAAAGAAGGGGUUGCGCAGUCAAAGUACUACCUUUUGCAGCUCAUCUCAGCUAACGAUGACAAACUUGAUGGUGCCGUCAAGGCAUUUGAAUGGCCAGAGGAUUGGGGCUGGUCACCCAAUUCCAAAACUUAG